AUGCCUAACAGCCAUGACGAAGAGGACGGUGUUAACGACAAGUCCGAAGUCCUGGAGCAGUUCAGCCACAUCCACCGACGGCUGGUGGAGGAGAUGCAUGCUAAGCAAGCUCACUCCCUCUCUUCCUUGCUCAGCAACGUAGAGGCGAUGGACGACGAUGUCGACCAGGUGCUGUCCAGCAUGGACGACGAGACGCUCGCCAUGCAUGUCAACCCCGAGGACCGGCGGAACGUCCUGCACUACCUGGCCAAGUACAACGGACAGAAGUUUUCUGUCCUCGGAAAGAUCCUGAAGCGGGUGCCCUCGUUGGCUGACGGGGCGCUGAAGGAGUCGGGGCUGCUCCCUGUACAUCUGCUGUGCAGGUACUUUCCGAAUGAGACCAAGUCUCUCGACCUCCUCCUGCAGACUUCUCCUUCCUCUGCGGCAAGGGCAGAAGCAGAAGGCUAUUUUGCUUUCUACAACGUGUCCAUGAAACUCCUGUCUCUUGCUGUUACCAUAUCAGACUUUCCUGUUGCCUUCCGCUUCACUUUGCUUGCGCAGCUGGUGCUUCUUCCAGGGCUGUCAAGGCGAUCACAGUACAAGACAGCGCUGGCUGGCUUCCUCUCCACUACUUUGCCUUUAGUCUGCGGGUAUCCUGAAGCUGUCUUCACAACAAACUCAGAGGGGAAACUCCCUGUGGACUGUCUGGCUGAGAACAAAGAUUAUGAUGAAUAUUGUCUGCCGCUGAUGCUGAGAGAAUUGUUGAAAACUUUCAGAACAAGCAAGCCAACGAGGAAUGUCUCAGGAUUUUGUUGGAAAGCGACUGAUGAGCAAACCCGUCAAAAAGAGAUUCGCCAGAAAGACAAGGCAUGA